AAAAACUUAUCACAAAAAUCCAAAAGCAGAAAGUCGCAUAAUAUUGUCGCACUAGCACGUCAGGGGGCGCAUCGGGCAUCGCUAUUUCGGCCAAUUCAAUAUGGUUUCGUCGUCAGAUUAGAAUUUAGAAGUGUGUUUAAUUUGUUGUGUCGUUGGUUCUGGUGUGUCUGUUGUGUGAAUCAAGCAGUGUACUUGUGUGUCUUGCUGUUUCGUCUAAUCUGCCCUCAUAACAUCAAAAAUGUGCCUAUAAAAAUAUUAUUAAAUUUGAGGAAGUUUCUUGUAUCUCAUUGCAGUUAUUUUUUUGGUUGCAAUGGCGGUGAUUUGAGGAAAACGCUAUUGGAAAUUGUUUAGUGUAGUUAACCCUUGAGCCCUUUUUGUUUCCUGCUUCCUCUCCCACGCCCUUUCCGAAACGAAAACUAUUGUGUGAAAAUUUUUCGGUAUACAAAGUGUGUUAUAUUGGCUGCAACUUGCAACAUUUUGAAGAGCGUUUAAGAUGGAUUUGACGAGUCUUUUGUUAUUUGGUUUUAUAUCGCUGGUGAUUGGAGCGGUGCUCAUGUUGAUUGUCCAGUACUACAUUUAUAUGCGCUUCUGCGAUUUGCCUGAAGUCAGCAGCGAGCAAAAGGACUUCAAUGAAAAAUAUACACUGCCCGAGGAUAUACAUGAGAAUGCAUCGAAAUUCGAUCCUGAAAGUAAAUCCCCCCUCAUGGCUCUCAACUUGAUAAUGCAAUUCCUGUUCCACGAGUUGAAGCACACAAGCAGGGUACGGAAGUGGUUCUACCGGAAGCUCUCAUUGGAGCUGGAUGAAUUGGUUACGAAGACCACUAUUGGAAAAUUAUUCGAUAAGUUGACGCUCAAAGACCUUGACCUUGGUGAUCAAUUUCCAGAGAUCAAAAUACUAAAUGUACAUGGCUUGGAAAUUCAUGAAACAGAAGGUCGUAUUGAAAACUUAGAUUUGCAAUUGCAUAUAAAGUACAGUGGUAAUUUUCGAAUGGCUGUCGAUGCAGUAAUGGUAUUGGGAAAAAAGGCUUCAUUGACAUUAAAAGUAAAACGGUUAUCUGGAAUGGCUAGAUUACAGUUUACCAGAAAACCCUACACCCACUGGUCACUUAGUUUCAUUGGAGAUCCUGAACUAGAUUUGGGUAUUGAAUCGAAAUUUCAAGGCCGUCACAUGCAAUCAAAUAUCAGUAGCCUAAUAUUAAAUCAAAUACGAAGGGCAGUACGUCGCAAGCACACUUUACCAAAAUACAAGCUCAGAUAUAAGCCUUUCUUUCAAGAAACCGAAGAAGAAGUGGACGUAGACAUUCAGCCAAACGGUUUGUUGGAAGUUAAAAUCUCUGAACUUUCCCGACUGAUGAUUCCCGAUGCCACUAUAACCGAUGUCUAUUGCACCUUAACAAUGGCCUCAUUAGCUUGGGUGGAAGCAAAGCAAAAAGACGACCGAAAUGUUAUUGUUUCUAUAGACGUUGAGAUACAUAAGGCGAAGAAUCAACAAAUUGGUAUUCUAUUCAAACAGGGUGAACACAAUGUUGAAAUAGAAGCAGUCCUUCCGAACACUCCAGCAAUCAAGUCCCAGUUGCGGUCGGGUGAUACCCUGAUAUCUAUAGAAGGGACAAGGGUCAAUUCUAUACAGCAAGUUGCGAAAAUUGUCAAAAGUCUCAGCAAAUCGGUGUUUUUCCUAAGAAUUGAACGUUUGAUACCCGGAAUCAUCCGCAACGAUGCUAUUUUGGAAGAUUUAGAUGUGUACGAAGAUCUCGGAGAGCCAAAACCCUCUUCUUUACCCAAAAUUAUGCCCCAUGCUGAACUGCUAACACCAUCACCACAGGUUACUCCUUCUCCUGGAAAUCCGCUACCACGACAGGUGCGCAGCAAUUCAUCCAGUGAAUCGAGCAUUUCCAGCACGCCUACUAACUCACCCAAAAAGACAAAGCUCAUUGCUAAAGCUAUCAAAAAGACAUUAACUAGGGAAAGCAGUGACACUUUGGUAGUUUCUACUGACGAUGCUAAGAAUAGCGGCAAAAUCAGGGUUCGAGAGGAUUCAAUCAGUAAUUCUCCUCCCGCCCUUAUAGCUUCCCCUCCCCCAUCUGCUCGAACGGAGGCUAUGGAUGUUGAGCAUUAUCAACAACACUCAACUAUAGACUGUUCCACGGAUAAGCUCAACCACAUGGACGAUAUCUGUCGCUUCAAGUUGACUGCAAAUUGCAAAUUUUUGAACUUGUGCGUUUACGGCAAGUGCACUGGGGACAGUGUUCUCUUGGGAUUUUUAAACAUUCCAGUAAAAAGUAUUAUCGGUGAAUGCAUGGAGACAAGCUUAAUUGAGACGAUGAAGACGUUUUAUCUCAUUCCUCCAGUCAAGCAGGAUCUAAAAACUCAUGAGCUAUCGUCUAUGUCAGGAUUUAAUCCUAAUUUAUGUUUCGGUGACAUUCUCAUGGCAUUUUCAUGGGACGGAAACCCUAUUCAGGGUGAGAUUAUGAAGAAACCUUUAAAGGCCAAAAGUUCCUCAGAAAAAUCGGAAGAAAUUGAAAAGUCUGAAGCCACAGCUGCUACUACUAGUGCAGCUGCUGCAACAUCAUCUAAAACGCACAAUUUUGUCCGUACGCAUUUCCAUCGAGCGACACAGUGCGAUUUUUGCGGAAAAAAAAUUUGGCUAAAAGAUGCCGUCCAAUGUCGUGAUUGUUCAAUGACUUGCCAUAAAAAAUGUAUUACAAAAUGUCAAAAUUCGACAGUUUGUGGUCCAGUUGAUUGUUCGGGAGUAUUAAAUAAUAUAACAACACCAACAACAACUACCAUAGUCCAUCAGCAGCAACCUGAAUUUACAGUUACUGAAGCACCGUCAUCUUCAGGACAAAUAAGCAUCGAUGAGCCAUUUGAUGAAGAUCAAAGAUUAUCAACAGCAUCACCAGACUCAAAAAUAACAACAACAGCCACUGAACCAGUUCAUCGUCAAAGUUUGACAGGUCUCAUUGCACAAGGAUUGAAACGUGUGAAUUCGGCAAAUAAUUUGGUUAUUCCAGGGAUAUCGUCAUCAUUGAAUCAGAAUAGUAAAAGCCUCCCACCAAGUCCACAACAUAGUCCAAGCAGAAAACAAUCAUUGGUUUGUCAAGGAGUCAGUCCAUUUAUAAUUGUCACACAAAUACUCGAGUCCAUUCCUAAUGAUCUUGAUAAACUUUCAAUUGAUCAAAUAAACAGCAUCACUGAGCCCAUCAUCAAUAUUGGGCGUGAUGAAGAUGUUAUGACACUAGCAAAGGAUGCUAGCAAGGAGCUUUUCGGUGAUCUUAGCUCUGAAGAAAGAAUGGCCAAAAUCAACGAAUUGCUUACAAAACUUCGAUUGGCCUUGGAUAGUGAGACUUCAAAUCACUCGAAACUAUUAGAAAUCAAUCCAAAUGAAAGUUCAAUUAUUAAAUCAGCAUCACAUGAUACCCACACUCGAACACAAAGUAAUGAAAAAGUCCACGAAACUGAUGCAUCAAUAUCACCAAAUAGUAAAGAAGCACAAGCACGAAAAGCAUUCGAUUUGGGAAGAUCUGAAGAACGAGUUCAAGCCCUGAGUGUCAUAAUGCUUUACUUAUGUACUGGUCUUCAACAUGCCCAAGGCGUAGCAUUCCAAUGAGUUAUAUAACCCAGCCCAUAUAUGUAGGUUAAGCUAAAGCAAAUUUAAACGGAAAACAGACACUCCGCUUCAUAGAAUAAAUAAUAUUUAUUAAACUCAAUAUACUAUAUUAUAAUAUUUAUGAAUUUUUACUCACCAAAAACUCUCACAAGGAAAUAAAAACAUAUAAAAUUAUUGUCUAAAACUCACACAUUUAUUAAUGUUAGAUUAAUAAGAGUAAUAUUGUCGAAUAUACUAUACAAAAAAUAAAACAAAAUGAAUGUAAAAUGUGGUAUGUAAUGGUAAUAUUUAGUAAAAUUUUAUUAUAUUGUAUGAUUCAUGAUAAAAAAAAAUAUAUAGUUACAAAAAAUUGUUUGCCUUUACAGAAUUUAUAUCAAUUAUUUUUAUGAACACUGAUGAAAACGAUGGAUUUAGGUUUUAAGUGCAAAAAGGAACGAAAUCUGCUAUAGUAUUUACAUAAUAGUAUGUAGUUAAUUAUAAUUAUUAUUAAAUUAAAUUAUAUUUUUAUCUCGGGUAAAUAAUUAUUUAAAAAAGCAUACUUACAUACAUAUUAUUAUAAUAAGUUUGGUUUCAACCUGAGAUUAGUAUAAAAUAAAAAAAAUCUUGUUUUAAAUAAAUUAAAUUUUAAUUUUAAUUUA